AUGCCUAGCUCAAUCACACAUAGCAGAAAGUGUGAUAGGCCUCCAUUGCGAUUUGUCAUAUUCACUGGAGAUAAAGAAGAUGCGGAAGUGAUUUUAAAGAACGUAAAAGAACGUUUUAACCUGGAUGUUUCAUCUAAAAGUUUGGAAUGUAUUCGUUUGCGAACUCGUCCUCUAUUGGAAGCUUCUAUGUAUCCUUACUGUACUCUCUUGUUGCAAAUGUUAGCAGGAUUUAUUGUUGGUAUGGAGGCGCUACUCAAGUGUAAUCCGGAAGUUUUCAUAGAUACUAUGGGUUAUCCUAUGACUUUGCCAGUUUUCAGGUGGAUUGCUGGAGCAAGAGUGGGAUGUUACGUGCAUUAUCCCACUAUAUCUUCAGAUAUGAUAGAAGGGGUAAGAAGUAGGAAACCUGCUUUUAACAAUCCAGAAUGGAUUGCCAGAAGUAAUUUUUCAACUACUCUGAAGGUGUUAUACUACCGUUUGUGUACAAUUAUUUAUCGCGUUUGUGGUAUAUCCAGUGAAGCUGUCAUGGUUAAUGGAAGUUGGACAAAAAACCAUAUUGUAAAUUUGUGGAAAAUCCCGGCGCGUACUUUCCUCGUCUACCCCCCUUGUGACGUUGAUUUUUUUAUGAAGCGAAAUUCCAAUGCAGAAUCACUGUUACAAGAAGAAAAGUUUGUCCAAAUUCUAUCAGUAAGUCAAAUCAGGCCGGAGAAAAAUCAUGAGUUGCAACUUCGAGUUUUUAGUAAGGUUAAAGAGUGGGCGUUGGAUAGCCGACAAGAUUUGAAGUUUCAUUUUGUGAUAUGUGGCGGUUGUCGAAAUGAGGAAGAUAAUGCGCGGGUGAAAGAGUUGAAGAUUCACGCAGAAGCUCUGGGGCUAACAGCCGAUGAUUUGGAAUGGGCUUUGAACGUUCCUGUUGAAAGGCUCUCAGGUUUGGCAGAAACUUUUGUUUUUGUGUUUUUAUAUUUUAAUCUGCUGUCAGCGUUAUUGCCACUUUUUCCUCAGAGGUCUUUGAUUGGCAUUCAUACGAUGAAUAAUGAACAUUUCGGGAUUUCUGUCGUUGAGGGACUUGCAGCUGGCCUAAUUAUGGUUGCACACAAUUCAGGAGGGCCUAAAAUGGAUAUCAUCACAGAAAGUAAGGAUCCGAAACUCGGAUUCCUUUCGAGCAGUGCAGAAGAAUACCUUGAUAGUAUACAAAGAAUUUUAAAACUGACUUCUGAGGAGAGGAAUUCAAUGCGCAAGGCCGCGAAAUCGCAUAUUAUGCGCUUUACGGAAAAAGAAUUUGAUUCAAGUUGGAAUAAUUCCAUCUUGACUUUGAUACCUUAA